CUUCUUGCUUCGUCCGGGAGGCUGUUUGUUGUUGAUCGGGAGGUUUUGUCUGCUUUUGGUGACUGUUUCCCGGGGUUUGGGGACGGAGCGGCGAGGACAGUAAGGCAGGCCCACGUACGCCUCUGCGAUCUAGGGGAGGGUCAGCUAAGCCGUCUGGACCCGUCGCGUGAUCCUGCACUCUCCGCGGUGCGAUGGCGGCGCUCUUGACCCCGGCGCAGGUGGUGGUGACCUUCAAGGAUGUGGCCGUAACCUUCACCCGGGAGGAAUGGGGACAGCUUGACCUGGACCAGAGGACCCUGUUCCGGGAGGUGAUGCUGGAGACCUGCGGGCUCCUGGUCUCCCUGGGGCACCCAGUUCCCAAACCAGAGCUGACCCACCUGCUGGAGCAUGGGCAGAAGCUGUGGACAGGAGCCAGAGGCCUCCCGCGUGGUACCGGCCCAGGUGACAGAGCAAAAUGUCAGACCAGAGAGCCAAGCAAUUCGCAGCCGGUUUUAUCUGAGGAAGCCUUGCUCCGGGGAAGCCUGACUCUGGGAUCUUCCUGGAACUCCAGGUUGGGGCGAGCUGGGGCUCCACAAGGGCUCUUGGAAAUGCAGAGAGGUCCAGAGAGGCCAGAGAUGGAUGCUGGUAAGGAGGCCCAUCCUGGGAAGAGGAGCCUUGAGGAUGAUGGUUUAGGGGCAGGUGAUGGUCUGCACUCAGGGGCGUUCCAGGAGAGAGUUUCUCGGGGGGAUUUUCUCCACCCACGUGAGCCACAGCGACCUGGAAAAGGUACCCCCCUUCAUCACCUCUAUAAGUGUAAGCAGUGCGGGAAGGCUUUCAACAGAAAGUGGUACCUCGUGCGCCACCAGCGGAUUCACACGGGCAUGAAGCCCUACGAGUGCAACGCGUGUGGGAAAGCCUUCAGCCAGAGCUCCACGCUGAUCCGCCACUACCUCAUCCACACCGGGGAGAAGCCGUACAAGUGCGCCGCGUGCGGCAAGGCCUUCAAGCGCAGGUCCUACCUCCUGCAGCACCAGCCGGUGCACACGGGGGAGAAGCCCUACGAGUGCAGCCAGUGUCGCAAGGCCUUCACCCACCGCUCCACCUUCAUCCGCCACCACCGCACCCACUCCGGCGAAAAACCCUUCGCAUGCAAAGAGUGUGAGAAGUCGUUCAGCAACCGAGCGCACCUCAUCCAGCACUACGUCAUCCACACUGGGGAGAAGCCCUACGAGUGCGCAGAGUGCGCCAAGGCCUUCCGCUGCAGCUCGGAGCUGCUGCAGCACCAGCGGGUCCACACCGGCGAGAAGCCCUACGCCUGCUCCCAGUGCGGGAAGGCCUUCCACCGGAGCACCUACCUCCUGCAGCACUCGGUCAUCCACACCGCGGAGACACCGUUCAAGUGCUCCCAGUGCGGCAAGGCCUUCAAGCGCAGGUCCCACCUCCUGCAGCACCAGCGGGUUCACACUUGAGAAGGCGGCCUUCACCUGCCGCUCGCCCUUGGUCUUUAAGCAGGAGAUCCAGGCUGGAGGGGAAAAGUUCUUCCAGCAAAGAACACUGGAGAAGGCUUUUUUGGGCCCCUCUUCAAACCCACAGAUGGUCACAUGGGAG